AAUACCAGCAUCCUGGCGAAUCGCAGCGGUAACAACGGAAACGGUGGUGGUGGUGGUGGUAGUGGCGGCGGCAAUAACGCUGCUGGUGGUGGAAAUGCUGCAGAGGGAUCGCGACGUAAUGGCGCUGGCGGUGCCGCUGCAGCCGCUAACGUUGCGGCAGCCGCUAACGUUGCAGGAGGUGCUGGCGAGCAAGGCGCCGCAGCGGGUGCCGGAGCAGCAGAGUGGAACCCAGAAGAAAUUGAUCGUUUUAGUUUUGACGAUUCGGAUCGCUUCGAAGAAGAUUCGCUUUGCAGUUGGAGUUCAGAACCAGAAUCGCUAUGCAACAAUUGGCGUGGCUGGAAGAAACCUUCUAGUUUCGGUUUGACCAAUCCGAUUGCCGCCAGUGCUAGUUCCACACCAGCCGCCAUUAGUGCGCCCCGCAAAAGUGAAGCAGAAGGUGAAGUUUCUUCACUGACCGAGCUUGCUGCUCGCUGUGUCGCCUCCUACAUACCUUUCGAACUGGUUGAACACGUUUAUCCGCCCGUACCGGAGCAACUGCAGCUGCGUAUAGCGUUUUGGAGUUUUCCGGACAAUGAGGAGGAUAUACGCCUCUAUUCGUGCUUAGCUAAUAGUUCAGCUGACGAAUUUAACCGCGGCGAUCAAUUGUUCAAGACGCGCGCCGUGAAAGACACACUACAAAUUGGUUUUCAUUUGUCCGCCACAGUAGUUGGACAAACACCACGUGCCCACUUCAAUGUGGCCGUUACCUUCGAUCGUAGGCGCAUCUCGUCGUGCAACUGCACCUGCACUUCGCCCGCCUACUGGUGCUCGCACGUGGUCGCCGUUUGUUUACAUAGAAUUCAUAAUCCCCUAGAAGUAUGUUUACGUGCACCGGUCUCCGAAUCUUUGACGCGUCUACAACGUGAUCAACUGCAGAAAUUCGCGCAAUAUUUAAUCAGCGAAUUACCUCAACAAAUUUUACCAACUGCGCAGCGUUUGCUCGAUGAGCUGCUCAGCUCACAGCCCACUGCCAUCAAUACGGUGUGUGGUGCGCCUGAUCCGACAGCUGGUGCUUCUGUUCACGAUCAGACUAGUUGGUAUUUGGACGAGAAGACGUUGCAUGCUAAUAUUAAGCGUAUUUUAAUUAAAUUUUGCCUACCGGCGCCAAUAGUUUUUAGCGAUGUAAAUUAUUUAACAAACUCUGCUCCACCGGCUGCUGCCGAAUGGAGUUCUCUGUUGCGUCCUUUACGUGGUCGUGAGCCGGAGGGCAUGUGGAAUCUAUUGUCGAUUGUACGUGAAAUGUAUAGACGUUGUGAUCGCAAUGCUGUCCGUCUUCUGGAGAUCAUCACCGAGGAAUGCAUGGUGUGCGAUCAAAUAUUGAUAUGGUGGUUCCAAACGAAAUUGUCUCUGAUGAUGGGCUCACACGGGCAUAGCGGUGGCAAGCACUCGAAUACGCAUUCGAAUUCAACAGCUCUGCAGCAUGCAUGUAGCUCAUUGUGUGACGAAAUUGUGGUUUUAUGGCGAUUGGCAGCGCUAAAUCCCGGCUUGGCGCCUGAUGAGCGCGAUAUGCUGCAUGCACAAUUUACUGCGUGGCAUCUUAAGAUACUCGAUCGCGUAGUAAAGUGUCGCAUGAUGCCGCCAUCGUAUAGCAAUAAACAUCAACAGAAUUCAAGAUCUGAUGCCGAGAUGUUUAUUGGUUUCAAGCCAGCCAUUGAAGCAUGUUAUUUGGACUGGGAGGAGUAUCCCAUUGCGGGAAUCACACAUACACACGAUACCAAUCCCAUAUACUAUUCGCCCUUCACUUGUUUCAAGCACACUGAUUCGAAAAGUGAAACGAAUAGUGGUCAGCUGAAUGCCACGCAAGCAGUAAUGGCCAACAACAAACAUUACAACUACAUCAGUUCAUCUACAGAUCACGGGAUGCAUGCAGCGUUUAAGCAACGGCACGAGCGCCCGUUCCGUGAACGAUUCUACAUUUCGUCCAGCAACAACUCGAGCAACUCUUCAAGCGACAGCGUACAUGCGCGUCUACAUCAAGGACUUGGCUCCGGUGGAAUGGCAGGCGCUGCAGCUGGCAUUAUCCCUAUAGUUACUGACGGUUCGUCGAGCAAAGCAGGCGCUAGCAGCAAUCUAGGUAACGUGGAAGGCAGUGGCUUACGUACAGAUGCUGGACCAAGUGGAAGUGGGCAUGGUGGAGGCGUUCCUGGCGGUGGCGUUACCAUCACCAGCAUAAGCGGGCCAUCUGCUAUUGCUGAUUUGCCACGCCUACCCAUGAGCAGUGUUUCCGGCGGUGGUGGGGGCAGCGGCGUAGGUGGCGGGGGUGGUGAUGGCAAUCGUUCUAGCGCAAGCAGUGAAGGAUUUUGCGAGAAUGAAGACUUUGGCGGCGAUAGCAGUAGUAAUAAUCUCUGUGCCGAGGGUGGGCAAACACUGGAGCCGGCUCAUGCGGCCGCAGUAGGUGUCGGCGGCGGUAAUGUGAGUAUGGCCAUGCGUUUGGAGGAUGUAGAUGCACAGCGUGGCUUCGAAGCACUGAGUACGAUUGUUGUAAGCGACGUUCCGACGGCCUUGGGAGCCGUUGGUCCCAGUGGUGUAUCUUCAUAUCAAACAACCACAUCUCUGUCGUCCGACACCUCGUCAUCCACCUCAAGCUCCUCGUCGAAAUCAUCAUCGUCAUCGAUGUUAAUGGGCGCAGCUGGCAUAGAUACCACACCCGAAAUGAUAGCGAAAAGUAAAAGCAAUAUAAUGACAGUGGUGGACGUCCGACGCAUGUCAAAGGAUGAGUCCUUCUCUUCAUCCAGCGAUGAGUUUACCACACAAGACUUGCCCACUGUGGUCAAACCAGAGGAACUAAUACCUGUGGCUAGUACAUCUGCUGCAGCAGCGGCGGCAGCAGCUGCGGCAUCGGUGUCGGCACCAUCUUCCACGUCGACUUCCACACCUGUAUCAGCUAAUAAACAAUCGCCAACCGCCAAUAACUCCCACGCAGCAGCAGCUGCAGUUGGCAAUCAACUGGCGCCAUCGACAUCGGCCCCUGCAACUCAGCAUACGGCAGCAGCCGCAAAUGAAAAGCCGCACAUAUUCUCAAAUGUCCGUCCCACUGAGGACGCAUGGGAUAUACUGUUGGCGCGUGCCGAGGGUCUGCAUGCACACGGGCAUGGGCGAGAGGCAUGCAUAUUGGCGGUACGUCUGGCGGAAGAGAUGUUGGCGAAUCCACCUAAUUUAAUGGUGGAACUACCACAAAUGCCGAAGCGUAAAGGCAAAAAUAAGAAUAUCAAUCCCAUCUCACAUCACCUUACCGUCCUGGCAUCUUCUACCCUGUCAAAAUGUGCGUUCUUAUGCACUGUGUUGUCGGAGAAUUCGGAGCAUUUUCACAUCGCAUUCAGGAUCUGUUUAUUCGCAUUGGAAAUGCCACGUCCGCCAGCCAGCACAAAACCAUUGGAAGUCAAACUGGCCAACCAGGAGGCAGAUAUACUCACUUUGCUAAAGAAAAUACCCCUCAACGAGCCCGAGCUGCAGGUUAUACGCGAACGCGCUGAAUGUCUACGCAGCGGUACAUUCAAGACGCGUGGUGAGGCAUUGUUGCCAAUCAACUUGGCUACAUUUAUCUUCGAUGCACUUGUUAUGCCACUGCUAACAGUUAAAGAGCAACGCAAUCGCUUCAUGAGCAUGAUGUAUCGGCUGCCUUCCGAUGAGAAUUUGGGGUUCGAGGCAGCCGUAGCCGCAUUGGGACUGAAAGCCAACGUUUCGGAGGCAGAGCAUCCGCUGCUGUGUGAAGGCACACGGCGUCAACGUGGAGAAUUGGCACUUAGCCUGCUCUGCUAUUACAAGGACGAACCGCGUAAAAUUGCUAAGAUCAUGGAGAAACUAUUAGACCGCGAAAUACAUGUUUUGCUGAAAUCUCCGUUGCUGCCAGCCUAUUACUCGAGCAACCCGCCCGUGCGCACGGCCGCAUCGUCUAUGUCGCGGCGGGAGGAACAUGAGUACGCUACCGCCAUGAAUGGCGGCGCACAUAAUCCCAAUCUCAAUGACAUGUUCCCCUCGGACUAUGGCUCUGUGGGCGGAAAUAGCCGUCCUCAUAGUUCCACCAGCGCUGAGUUAGAGGUAGGCAUGGGUACAUUAAGCGUCUCUUCGUCCCAAGGUGGCGGAAGUGGCACACUUACUGGCGCCGCUAGCAGUAAUCCAACAAUGACCGGGCCGGGUGGUCAAACAAACGUCGCAGGCGGCGCUACCAGUCGUUCCAAGGAUAGCCGUUACAAGGGCAAACGGGCAUAUCCUUCAAUACCCAAUCAACCGUCGGAAGCCAGCGCACAUUUCAUGUUCGAGUUAGCUAAGAAUUUACUAAUAAAAGCCGGCGGGAACUCGUCGACGUCACUUUUCACGCAAGCUACCACAAAUCACAAUCACCAUGGACCGCAUCGUGCGCUGCAUAUGUGCGCCUUUCAGCUGGGUCUGUACGCGCUCGGCUUACACAACUGGGUCAGCCCCAACUGGCUGUCGCGCACCUAUUCCUCGCACGUAUCCUGGAUUCUUGGCCAAGCAAUGGAAAUCGGUGCACCGGCCAUUAGUUUUCUUAUUGACACAUGGGAAGGCCAUUUAACGCCGCCCGAGGCAGCUGGAAUGGCUGAUCGCGCAUCCCGUGGCUGGGACAACAAUAUGGUUUAUCCGGCGGCUGAGCUCGCGCUUUCCGUGCUGCCACAUGCAGCCGCACUCAAUCCCAACGAAAUCCAAAGGGCCAUACUGCAAUGCAAAGAACAGAGCGACCACAUGCUUGAGCGCGCCUGCAUCACCGUCGAAAAUGCAGCCAAAGGUGGAGGAGUUUAUCCGGAAGUGCUGUUCCAAGUAGCGCGUUACUGGUACGAGUUGUACGGCCACAAUACACCGAACAAUGAACAUGAACAGCACGACGAUCACCUGGAUCAUUCUGCCGUGAGCCUCAGUGCGCUGAUCGAAUCACAUCAGCACCACGAAAUGCAACAGCAAAUGCAGGCACAAGUGCAGGCACAGCAACAGCAGCCACCUGGCGGUAUGGUUGGCCCACCGCCGGUCAUGCCAACAGGACCACCGGGUGGCCCUAAUGCGCCCGGACAGCCAAGUCAAGUCGUCGUCACCACAGCGCCGCAACCCUUCCAACAAGGUGUUGCCACACUGGCGUCCAUUGGCUUGCCACCGUACCCGCCGUAUAGUUUCUGCCAAAACCUUUACCAUCACAACAUCACCACCUAUCCGGGUAAUCAGAUGCAAAUGUACAUCUCUGCCGGCCCACCGCCACCGCAAGCAUAUCCGGGCUACCCGCCACCACCAACACAACAACAGAAUGCGCCACCCUUACAGCCAGCGGGCGCUGCUCAGCCACCCUCGCCGUAUGUGCACCAAUCGUCAGCACCCAGCGGCGGAUUUCCACCACAAAUGCAACCACAGCAAUUACCACCGCAAGCAUACCAGGCGUUGCAAUGCGGCGCUGCGGGUGCGCCACCAACGGGCUUCCCACCACAACCUGGCCAAGGUGGACCACCGCAAAUGCCGCCGCAAAAUAUGCAGCAAGUUGCUGCAGCUGCCGCGUACUAUGCCCAGCCACCGCACCAACAAGGACCGCCGCAACAUCCAUCACAGGCAGCCGCAGCGGCUAGCGUGGCCAUGGCACAGCACCAAAUGCGGCAACAGCAGCAGCAGGUUGUCUAUCCGCCGUUCGUGCAAGCACAGCAGGUGCAACAGGCGCCGCCAGUGCAUGCAUCACCACCACAGCCGCCUGUACGCCAACGACAUCCGCAUCAAUUCACCUCAACCCAAUUACGUUAUCUACUCGCCGCCUACAAUGUUGGUAUGUUGGCCAUGGAGACGUUAGCACGUCGCGUACACGAUGAUCGUCCACAGGCAAAGUAUGCUCGCAAUCCACCCUACGGUGAGGAUGUGAAAUGGCUGCUGCGUAUCUCCAAGAAACUCGGCACGCAAUAUCUGCACCAAUUUUGCGUAUGCGCAGUCAAUUCGAUAGUUAGUCCCUUCGUGCUGCACGAUGUGGCUAUCGAAUCGGCACACUAUCUGGGGCGCAACAAUCAUCAAUUGGUAAUGCAGCACUUGCGCUCGGCGCUGACCCCUUUGGUGCAAAAAUGUCAACAGAUGUAUAUUCAGUGUAUACACCAGAAGUUAUACCAUCUCACGCAGGCCGAUUACGAGGAUUUUGCUAGCAUCAUCUUGGCUGCACGCGCCGCUUUCCAAAUUACACCCGAAGGCAGUGCUCAGUUCAAAGAUUGGCUACAGUCUAUCAAAAGAUCGAAGUCCUGCAAAAAAGAGCUGUGGACACAAAUCAACGCAGCUCUACAAAGCAAUUCCAAAUGACAAAGACUUGAUUCUUUUAGUUUGUCGCAUUCAUCAUCAGCUCCCAAAAUUGACACUUACUUUUCCACAAAUA